AUGUUCUCCUUCGCCAUCGCCGGAACCAUCCUUCAGAGAACCGCCAAAAUCCUCAUUGGACAGAAUUCCUCAAUUACCCCGACCAACCCAUUCGAAGGGGUAUCCCAUGAAGAAGCAAAUGGGAUUAGCAUCAUUGGCCACCUUGAUGAAAUCCCGAUACCACCAGCAAUAACUGAAAAUGCCCUUAGUAUACCAAUGCACUCGUUAAGUGAAAGCCAGGAAUUAUCUGCAAUCAAAGGGCUCCAGGAUCACGGCUCCCCAUAUGCCAUAGCAAGAGGUGAUUUGAACAAUGAGUUUCUGAAUAUGAUUUUCAGCUCUUCUCAUGAAUCGCAGCUUCCUGUAAGCUCUUUAAGCCACCAAACAAUGGUGUAUUCAAGCGGCGAAGGACAUUUCGAAAGCUCUCCAAUACAUGCAAUUGCCAACGAUGGAUCAACAUCACGCUCCGACGCUACCUAUCAAGGUGAAACAAGAAUGCAGGCUAUCUGGCCAGGAAGAUCUCAGAGGACAAGUCACCCUCAAUUUUGGCAUGAUAUUGCAUUUGGCUCAUCGAGCAACAUCUUCGCCACUUACAAUUCUAGGUUAGAGUCAGAAGCAAGCAACCAGACUCGUAUCGACGGUACCGCUCCGGAAAUAAGUCUGAGCGAUGACUGCAAAGGUCGUCUUAGAGGGUUGAAGAGAAACUUUCUUGUCUGUGGAUGCAAUAACAUCUUUGAUGAUGGGGCAGCUUGUGAACGGCGUUAUCUUUGUAUUAAUACAACGGAUAUUCUCGACCAAGGCCUUUAUCUUUACGCUCACAAGUAUCAGCCAGCUUAUCCCAUUCUUCACACCGCCACGUUCAACCCUGAGAAUGUACCGGAGCUUUUACUCUUCGUCAUGUGUAUGAUUGGUGCUUCGUUCUUGAAGACCGAAGAAGCCGCAGCAUUUAUUAGAAACACUUAUCCGGCAAUCCUCAAUGAGGUCUAUGCUCGAGUAAUAUCUGCAACCGUUGUAUCACAGACGCCCGUUGAUAUCCUAGGCGAUCUAGUACUCGCUCACCAUAUGCUUUUCCUGUUUAUUUCGACCGGUGUCCAUUCACUAUCAGUCAACCUUCCACAAUUGAAUGACCUCUAUGAGGCAUCAAACUGCCAUAGAUGGUCCCAAUUAUUAACAGAAACCUCAACCAACAACAAUAUCCUCGAGCUCUCAUCACACCACUUCAGUCUACCGGACCUGCGCGGCCCUAUACAUGCUUUCUCCAUGUAUGGACUACUGUGCUCUGUUCUUCUUCGAGUUUCAGCAGAUAUCUACCGGCUGGUCUCCAGCUCUGAUAUAGUUCUAGAGGGCCAGCACCACCACAUCCCGUGGGGCAUAUGCCAGUUCGACAAGCGAGCGAAUAUUGCUGCUCCGCUACUUACUAGUUUGAUCAGAGUUUAUGACCAAACUCUCCGCAAUUCAAAUCCCAACUGCAUCGUCAUCUGGCAUAGCGUUUGCAUUCUCUUGACAGUCGAUGUCAACGUCCUUGCGCGCGCUGCUGGUCGAGACGGUCCAGAAUCUAUGACAGACGCUCGCCGUAUUCUCCAAAAUUGGACGAAUACUGCUGCUUCACGGAGGGCCUGUCUUCAUGCGGUCCAGGUGUUCAGGACCUUGGCCCAUCGGAAGCCCGCUGAUGGAACGGCUUUCCAGUCGGUCCGAACUUUAUUCAUGUCUGCACUCCUUCUUGGACUUUAUAUUCUGUUAGGUCCUGAUUCUAUAGCGUCGGAACAUUCCGAUGGCUCUAGUCCAUUAGAUCUGGCCAACCCGGAUAUUGACUGGAAAGCUAUUGGCAAUGUAGGAAUGUCCGAUCCCGUUUCGUCGCCUCCGUCGGCCGAAUCCGUGGACCUCGAAGAUGCCAGUAUCAGGUUCAUUCGCCAUGGUGGGCCGAUAAUCAUUGACGGAAAGAACUAUCGACCAGGGCCUCGGCAUGCAAAGCGAAUCAUUCUAGAUUUUGCCGGGCUUUUGGAUGAAGUGGGGACAUAUUGGAUGGCGGACUAUGCGCGACUGUUAUACAUGAUCCAUGACACCAUGGCAGAGCCAACCGGUGCAUCUUAG